GAACAACAUUUCACCAACAGCUUUCAAAGCAGUUAGUUGACAUCGUCUUCAAAGCUAAGAAUAGCGCGCAUCUCCCGCAGAAGAAAAACAAGCAAAUACAAUUUACAGUUUUUCAAUUCUCUUGAGAAUAAAAGUGAAAUAUUUCAAAAAAAUAACAAGUGUUUUUAAACAAAUUUUGCAACAAAAUAACGUUUAAAAACGAAGUGAUUUAAAAAAUAAUUAGCAAAAAUACCAAAGUUAUUCACCAAGUGAAAAAUUAAUCUAAAAAACAACAAGUGUUUUUCUAAAUUCAAUUUAAAUAACAAAAACAACAACUAGUCACCAUGUCUGCUUCACCAACUGCCCGUCAAGCCAUGCACGUUCCCCAGAAAACCAAGACCAUUCGCAUUUCGGAUCCCAUCCAAAUGCCCGAGGUAUAUUCCUCGACACCUGGCGGCACCUUGUACUCCACAACACCUGGUGGUACCCGUUUGAUCUAUGAACGUGCCUUCUUGAAAAAUCUGCGCCAAUCACCCCUGAGCCAGUCACCACCCACCAAUAUUCCCACCUGUCUCUUGAAGGGUACACCACGCACCCCCUUCCGCAAGUGUGUGCCACCACCAACGGAUUUGAUCAAGAAGACAGAAUCAAUGAAAAUUGAGGAUCAAGAACAGUUCCAAUUGGAAUUGUAAACAAGACAAAUGGGGGUCAACUAUACACCGUGCUUCCUCCCCCACCAUUUAAAAUUCACAUGCACACCAAAUGACCUGAAAAAAAUCCCUGCCAUUUUAAACCACCAACAAAGAAACAUCACCAAGGGGAUCUAGUUUUUUAAAUUAAUUAACAAAAUUUAAGCCCAGAAGCUUUAAGUGGAAACCAACUUAAGUAUACAACUACUUAAUUUAAUUAUUCAAAAAACAAAAAAACGGACAAGAACAUUGUACUUCGCUAAAAAUUCCAAAACCCACAAAAAGGAGAACAAAACUGCCUACAAAAC